AUGACGUCACACCUUCCCUUCGGAAGGCUCCUUUCCGAAGCUUGGAAGGACCACUCGCGACACGCGAUGACGUCACACCUUCCCUUCGGAAGGCAUGAUGACGUCACACCUUCCCUUCGAACGGCUCCCUUCCGAAGCUUGGAAGGAGACCUCGCGACACGCGAUGACGUCACACCUUCCCUUCGGAAGGCAUGA